AUGAUUCAUAAUUCCUUCAGUUUCAGCACCUCUACUAGUACGAUUAUUCAGCAUUAUGAUCAAUAUCAGUAUCCGAACCCCGUAUCCCCUACUCAACAAUAUGUGUCUCUCCUCCAAUCUCUAAUUGCUCGACGGGCUAUCGAGCCUGCAAAGCAACUCCACGCCCGUCUCCACCUAAUGGGCCUGGCUUACAACGUUAAUCUGGCCACAAAACUAGUCAAUUUGUACAGUGUUUGCGACAAUUUGUCAAAUGCCCAUAAUUUGUUCGAUAGAAUUCCUCGGGGAAAUCUUUUCCUAUGGAACGUUUUGAUCCGCGGCUACGCUUGGAAUGGCCCUUAUGAAGUUGCCAUUUCGUUGUAUUAUAAGUUGCAGAAUCAUGGGCUCGAACCCGAUAACUUUACAUUCCCCUUUGUGCUUAAAGCAUGCUCUGCCCUCUCCGAUAUUAGAGUGGGGAUGGAUGUUCACGAGCACGCCGUGAAAACAGGGUGGGAAAGGGAUGUUUUUGUGGGUGCUGCUCUUAUUGAUAUGUAUGCAAAGUGUGGUUCUGUUGAUAGAUCGCGACAAGUGUUUGAUAAGAUUUUGAAUAGGGAUGUCGUGCUUUGGAAUUCUAUGCUGGCUGCUUACACGCACAAUGGGCAUCCGGAGAAGUGUUUGUUGUUAAGUGGUGAAAUGGCUUUUGCCGGUGUACGGCCUACAGUUGCUACUUUAGUGACUGCUAUAUCUGCUUCUGCUGAUGUUGCGGCUCUGCCUAAAGGGCGGGAGCUUCAUGGGUAUGGUUGGAGACAGGGUUUCGAAUCACAAGAUAAGGUGAAGACUGCUCUUGUGGAUAUGUAUGCUAAAUGUGGUUCAGUGGAAGUUGCAAGGGAUUUGUUUGAACGACUUGUGGAUAAGAGGGUUGUAUCUUGGAACGCUAUGAUUACAGGCUAUGCUAUGCAUGGUUAUGCUAAUGAGACACUUGAUUCGUUUAACAGGAUGGUGAGAGAAGCUCAGCCGGAUCAUAUUACUUUUGUUGGGGUUCUAUCAGCUUGCAACCAUGGAGGAAUGUUGGAUCAGGGAAGAAGAUUUUUUGAUUUGAUGACUAGAGAUUAUCAAAUAGAACCUACUGUUCAACAUUAUACAUGCAUGGUUGAUCUCCUUGGACAUUGUAAUCGGUUGAAUGAUGCAUAUUGUCUUAUAUUGCAGAUGAAAGUGCAGCCAGAUUCUGGUGUAUGGGGUUCUUUGCUUAACUCGUGCAAGAUACAUAAAAAUUUGGAGUUGGCAGAGCUGGCAUUAGAGAGGCUAAUCGAGCUUGAACCUGAUGACGCUGGCAACUACGUGAUAUUGUCAAACAUGUAUGCACAAGCCGGGAGGUGGGAAGGAGUUGCAAAGUUGAGAAAAUUGAUGACAGAUAGAGGUUUGAAGAAAAGCGUGGCUUGCAGUUGGAUUGAGGUGAAGAAUAAAGUCCAUGCAUUUCUAUCUGGAGACACAUCUCAUCCUUUGUCUGAUGACAUAUAUGCAGAGCUAGAGAGAAUUGGAGGCUUGAUGGCACAGGCUGGUUAUGUUCCAAAUAUUUCACCCGUUUUCCAUGAUGUUGAUGAUGAUGAAAAGAGAAAAAUGAUUUUUAGCCAUAGCGAAAGGUUAGCAAUUGCAUUUGGACUCAUUAGUACGUCACCUGGAACUAGGCUCUUAAUAUCCAAGAAUCUUAGGGUGUGUGAGGACUGCCAUGUUGCAAUAAAGUUUAUCUCAAAGAUUACCCAGAGGGAGAUCACCAUUAGAGAUGUCAAUCGGUAUCACCAUUUCAAAGAUGGUGUAUGCUCUUGUGGUGAUUUUUGGUAAAUGGUAAAUGCAGUCUGAACUCUGAAGCCGGGAUGGUCAGUGUGAGUUCAGAAGACGAGUCACUUCAUGGGAAACUCACAGAUGCUCGAAUCUUUGUUCGAGUGGAAUUGGAGCCUCAAAGGAAUGAGUUGGUCAUUACCAUACAGAAGGAUGCCGGCAGUGUUUCUCUCGGCAAGAAAUGAUGUCAGAAGAAGAAGAAGAAAAUUGCUGCAAAGUGAUCGCUGUUCAUGGCAUAUCAUCAACGGCAGUAAUCAGAAAUCACCACUUGUUGAUGAGAUGCCAUGAGCACGAUCAGCUUGCAAUAAUUCGUCGGAAGUUGAAACUCUCGUCUCAGGGAAGUCUGUCCGGUCCGGAGAUGAUAUAUAGCAUUUAACCAGUCGCCGUU